CUCCCCCUCCGCGGGCUGCAACAGGUGCCUCCCGGAGCAGGAAGCUCGCGCCGCCGCCGCCACCGCUCAGCUCGCCCGGCGAGUCCAGGACCCGCAGCGCCAGCGCGCCAUCCCCGGGCCCGCGUGCGUCCCCUCGAGGACAGGGACCCCGCCACCUCUCCGCUUCGCUUCCUGCCCCUUUCCCGCUACCCGCCCCCCCGCCCCCCCUCGGCCCCUCUCCUGGGCCGAGCCCGCGCUCGCCCCCCGCCCCGCCACCACCCUCCCGCGGCUUUGCGCGCCAUGGACGCCCCGGAGCAGCAGCCCGACCCCGACGGCGGGGACGCCCCGGGCCACGAGCCCGGGGGCAGCCCCCAAGACGAGUUCGACUUCUCCAUCCUCUUCGACUAUGAGUAUUUGAAUCCUAUCGAAGAAGAACCGAAUGCACAUAAGGUCGCCAGCCCACCCUCCAGACUCGCAUACCCCGAUGAAGUCCUGGACUAUGGCCUCAAGCCAUACAGCCCCCUCCCCAGUCUCCCUGGCGAACCCCCCGGCGGAUUCGGAGAGCCGGAUAGGGUAGGGCCGCAGAACUUUCUGAGCCCGGCGGCCAAGCCAGCGGGGGCCUCGGGCCUGAGCCCUCGGAUCGAGAUCACUCCAUCUCACGAACUGAUGCAGGCAGGGGGCCCCCUCCGCGGCAGAGACACUGGCCUGCUGGGGGAGCAGCCGUCCCUGGCCGGCGUGGCCGCCAGCCCGCGGUUCACCCUGCCCGUGCCCGGCUUCGAGGGCUACCGCGAGCCGCUUUGCUUGAGCCCCGCUAGCAGCGGCUCCUCUGCGAGCUUCAUUUCCGACACCUUCUCCCCCUACACCUCGCCCUGCGUCUCGCCCAAUAACGGCGGGCCCGACGACCUGUGUCCGCAGUUUCAACACAUCCCUGCUCAUUAUUCCCCCAGAACCUCGCCAAUAAUGUCACCUCGAACCAGCCUCGCUGAGGACAGCUGCCUGGGCCGCCACUCGCCCGUGCCCCGUCCGGCCUCCCGCUCCUCGUCGCCUGGUGCCAAGCGGAGGCAUUCGUGUGCCGGGGCCUUGGUUGCCCCGCUGCCCGGAGCCUCACCCCAGCGCUCCCGGAGCCCCUCGCCGCAGCCCCGGGACGACGGCGCCCCCGCUGGGUAUCCCCCCACGGCUGGCUCUGCCGUCCUCAUGGAUGCCCUGAACAGCCUCGCCGCGGACUCGCCUUGUGGCAUCCCCCCCAAGAUGUGGAAGACGAGCCCCGACCCCUCGCCGGUGUCCGCCGCCGCCCCGCCCAAGGCCGGCCUGCCCCGCCACAUCUACCCGGCCGUGGAGUUCCUGGGGCCCUGCGAGCAGGAGGAGGGGAGGAGCUCGGCCCCCGAGUCCAUCUUGCUGGUGCCGCCCACCUGGCCCAAGCAGCUGGUGCCUGCCAUUCCCAUCUGCAGCAUCCCAGUGACGGCAUCUCUCCCUCCGCUUGAGUGGCCGCUCUCCCACCAGUCGGGCUCCUAUGAGCUGCGGAUAGAGGUGCAGCCCAAGCCACAUCACCGCGCCCACUAUGAGACCGAAGGCAGCCGAGGGGCUGUCAAAGCUCCAACUGGUGGCCACCCGGUUGUUCAGCUCCAUGGCUACAUGGAAAACAAGCCCCUGGGACUUCAGAUCUUCAUUGGGACAGCUGAUGAGCGGAUCCUUAAGCCCCACGCCUUCUACCAGGUGCACCGAAUCACAGGCAAAACCGUCACUACCACCAGCUACGAGAAGAUCGUGGGCAACACCAAAGUCCUGGAGAUCCCUCUCGAGCCAAAAAACAACAUGAGGGCAACCAUUGAUUGCGCCGGGAUCCUGAAGCUUCGGAACGCCGACAUCGAGCUGCGCAAAGGCGAGACGGACAUCGGCAGGAAGAACACCCGGGUGCGCCUGGUGUUCCGCGUGCACAUUCCAGAGUCCAGCGGCAGGAUCGUCUCCCUGCAGACGGCGUCUAACCCCAUCGAGUGCUCCCAGCGAUCCGCCCACGAGCUGCCCAUGGUGGAGAGACAGGACAUCGACAGCUGCCUGGUUUACGGGGGCCAACAGAUGAUCCUCACCGGACAGAACUUCACAGCCGAAUCCAAAGUCGUGUUUACUGAGAAGACCACAGAUGGGCAGCAAAUUUGGGAGAUGGAAGCGACGGUGGAUAAAGACAAGAGCCAGCCCAACAUGCUUUUUGUUGAGAUCCCCGAGUAUCGAAACAAGCACAUCCGUGCAUCGGUGAAGGUGAACUUCUAUGUCAUCAAUGGGAAAAGGAAACGAAGUCAGCCUCAGCACUUUACCUAUCACCCAGUCCCAGCCAUCAAGACGGAGCCCACUGAUGAGUACGACCCCACCUUGAUCUGCAGCCCCGCGCACGGGGGCCUGGGCAGCCAGCCUUACUACCCACAGCACCCGGUGGUCGCUGAAUCUCCCUCCUGCCUCGUGGCCACCAUGGCGCCCUGCCAGCAAUUCCGCUCGGGGCUCCCGUCCCCCGACGCCCGCUACCAGCAGCAGAACCCCGCGGCCGUCCUCUACCAGCGGAGCAAGAGCCUAAGCCCCAGCCUGCUGGGCUACCAGCAGCCGGCCCUCAUGGCCGCGCCCCUGUCCCUGGCAGACGCCCACCGCUCCGUGCUGGUGCACGCCGGCUCCCAGGGCCAGAGCGCCCCGCUGCUCCACCCCUCCCCGGCCAACCAGCAGGCCUCGCCAGUGAUCCACUACUCGCCCACCAACCAGCCGCUGCGCUGCGGCAACCACCAGGAAUUCCAGCACAUCCUGUACUGCGAGAACUUCGCGCCUGGCCCCACCAGGCCUGGCCCGCCCCCCGCCAGUCAAGGCCAGAGGCUGAGCCCGGGCUCCUACCCCACGGUCAUUCAGCAGCAGAGCGCCACCAGCCAAAGAGCCGCCAAAAACGGACCCCCGGUCAGUGACCAAAAGGAAGUAUUACCCACAGGAGUGACAAUUAAACAGGAGCAGAACUUGGACCAGACCUACUUGGAUGACGAGCUGAUAGACACACACCUUAGCUGGAUACAAAACAUAUUAUGAAACAGAAUGACUGUGAUCUUUGAUCCAAGAAAUCAAAGUUAAAGUUAAUGAAAUUAUCAGGAAGGAGUUUUCAGGACCUCCCGCCAGAAAUCAGACGUAGAAGAUGCCAUUAGCAAGACACCUUCCGUAUCUGACCCCUGGGAGCCUUCCACUGCCCUCACCUUCUGUUUCCUUUACUGUACAUCUCCUGGCCCGGAGGCCAUGCGCGGGACGAGGUCCUGGCAGAAAGCUGACUCUCGAUUAAGGAGCUCGCCACCUCUCUGUGUAAAACACCAGAGAGAACACUCUGCCUUUUGAUUUGGGGUUUAAAUCCCAGAGAGCAUCUCGGUUGACUUUCCUGGUGUCCCAUCCAAAAACCUUAAGUGCCUGCUGAGCAAACACACAAGACAGCACGCCGGACCGGCCCGAGAACGGAGUGACCGGAGCCUGGGGUGUGGGCUGGGCUGGGGAAUGGAAGAUGUGGGCCCCCGUGAUUAAACCCCAGCCCUGCGUUCAUUUUUCCAGGUCACAGAUACAGCUCCUGUACCUUUUGAAGGAAAGGAGUUUUCAAACAGAGCCACCCAAGGAACGUGACCCGAGCGGGCCUGGCUUCCGGGCUGAAGAAAAAACCAGAAGCCGGACCAUCCUCCUUAGGGACCGCCUGGUCCCGGCCACGGUCGGGCCACGGCUGAACCCUUAUUGGUCAGUUUCGUCAUUCUGAAGCAAGACUGUCUGGCCCACACCAGAUGACCGGUUAAAACUCAGCCUUAAGUUAUGAGACGUGUCCACGUUUGUUACUUUUGUCUCCGCUUCCAAGAGCCAGCCCGAGGUGGCUGGAUUGGGGGAGCUCUCUGGGCCCGCUGCUCCUCAACCUUGCAGAGAGCGGCAGGCCUGGAGCAGGGACCCCAGCCCGCAGCGUGAGCCCCGGCCUCCGCAGGCCUGCAGGCCGGGGGCUUUCUGCUAGCCUCGCUUGCUUUCUCCCUGGUGGCCAGAGCGCUUUUCCACGAACUGGUGAAGAAGAUCUCAAGCAUGUGCGUUGAAUUGUGAGACAGAAUCCCAGAAGAGCUAUAGCAACCAAAGGGAAAAAAGAAAACCCCAAAACCCAAAAAACCACGGAAAUGGUGCAGGGAUUUUUGUGAAGUAUGGAACGAGGCAGGCGGCGGGCAGGCCUGAGUAUUUCUGGAAGUGGGUUCCCCCAUGACCAGGGUGGAACUUCCUCUCGGGCCUAGCCUCCGAGUACGACAACAAGCUCGGGCUUUGGCCCCAAGUUCACUGGUUUUUUUUUUUUUUUUUUUUUUUUUUUUUACCCAAGCCCAUCUCCAGCACCCCUCCAUCCCAAGACUCCUGUCUGCAUUAGCCGCUUUAUCUGCACCGACGAGAAUCAACCUGCGUGCCUCCCUCAAUCCGAAGGAGCGUCCCCGAAGGGGUGUAUGGGGGGAUUUUUCUCCCCCGUUGUCUCUCCUGCACACACCGAGUCCUCUAGAGUCUUCCUCCUUUGGUGCAGUUUUUGCAAACACCUAAAACUCUCCAAGUUCUCGGCAGGGGAGUUUCUCAUCGCACAGAUGUGUUCCUGUUUACCUUCCUGGGGACACCCUGGGACAAGCCAGGACUUCGUUUUCAGCCACUCUGCUUGCUCCCCGCUUAUCCACGCAGAACAUAAAUAUUCCUGCCACUCUUCCAAAGGCUCUCCUCGGGGAUCUCGGUCAGCUCGGCUAGGUAGAAGCCUAGGAGGAGAAUCACAGCCUUUAAGGGCUUGCUGUGGGUUUUUGGAGUCCCGGCUUCCUUGUCAAGGUGACGCAGAGAUGAAACCUUCCCCAUGGUGUGGCCAGGAGCAUGAGGCUUGGGGACUACGGCCCGGAGGGUCUGGUGCUGCGGAGAGUGGAUGAGAACACCCAGUGGAUGAGAACAUUCCACCUUUCAGUGGAGACCUAGCACUUACCUUCCCCAACAACAGAGGGGGGGCCGCUCUUCAAGCCCAAAGUUUGGCAAAAUCCUUCUUUUAUACAAAAUGCCAGUAAGAGCUUGACUGCUGUUGCAGAACUUCUGGGAUGUGAAAUUCUUCCUAAUUAAUAAAAGGGUUCCUUACACCAGCAGCUUCACAUAAAGCAGUUUCUCUCCAGCAAUAUUGACUUCCCUGGGGAAGCGUUAAAGUGUUUGGUGAGUGAUCUGUUCUCCCUUGACCUGGCUGGGAACCUUAACCUUUUUCUUUUUUCUUUCUUUCUCUUUUUUUUUUUUUUUUUUUUUGCACAUGAGGGAAUUUGGCCUUUCCUCAGUUAUCUGAAUGUUUUACCCAAGUGCCUUCCCGCUAUUGUAGCAAAGUCUCCCUGCUUCGUUGUGCCUGGAUGGAGCGAAGCAGGGCUAACGUGUAUUUCCAUCGAUCUUCCAACUCUGUCCGUGAAAAGGGGGUCCCGCUAGUUGAGAGUCUUUAACACACAUAUGUGGGGGUGUGUGUGUGUGCGCAUGCAUCUAAUGCACACGCCAGCUUUUUCUAAGACCUCCUAGCUGGAUAUUAGCGGAAGCGUGUCCAUAAACAACUAUACCAAAUAACAAAAGACAGAGAAACCAAAGCAUUAGUUUUGAGACUUAAACAGGCGAGAGAAUGGGUAUUAAGAACUGACAGCGAUCAAGAAAGUUUGGUCGGUAACAAACGCCAGGAGGAAAUUUUGCCAAGAGGAAUCACUCAUGAAAUAUUUUCAGUCUGGGAAGAGGCAAUAUGAUCCUCUAAGAGAAGGAGAAAAAUAAGGAUGUCUAAGUGGUAAAGAUGUGUGUGUUGCACGUGAUAGAAAGGAUCUCAGGUCGAGGUUUGCACUUGCUACAUCCAAGGUAAAUGGGUAGCGCCACCAACAGAAAUCUACCGUGUUGCUGAAUGUAGUAGAUUUCCAAAGUCUGCAAGUCUUCUGGUAUUGUACAAAAAUACUGCUGCUUCAUAAUAUAUAAGAGCGAUCCAAAUUAGUAGGUUAUUAAAUUUUAUUUUCUUAUCUGUAUGUUUAUGCUUUUUAUCUGUCCUGAAAAUAUCACACACACCCUCUGUUGGAAUUAGAAAAUAUUUAUAAAUGGUUGAAAUCUUUUUCAGGUGUUUCUUUUUGCAUAUGUUGAUUUUUUUUUCCCCCUAAGGGAAAUGAUGUAUUCUUGAAACUGUGUGAUUCAUGCUGGCAAAGCAAACAAAAGCCAAAAACCCAGCUCCGAGCCUGUCAGUCACCAGAGUCUUAGACAAAAGCGUCCCUGGAGACGGGGGAUUGCUUUGCUGAAGAAGGAACGCUCUGAUGCUUGCUUAGGAGGAUGUAGAGUUCAGCUCUGAGCCUUCAUCUGGUCACGGAGGAGAAUUGUAAAGUGUUGAGAUUCUCCCACAGCAGUGCGUAGUAGGUGAUUCUGAAUUAAAAACAAAACUGCCUGUAUUGUAAUAGGGUUCUGUGAACGAGAAUCCCAGAAUCCCAAGUGCGGGCUCCUGUUUACAAAGCUAACCAAAUCUGGGUAGAUAAGCCCGCCUCCCCCAUGCAUUAUCCAAAGGACCUGCAGAAUUUUCCAGCAGGGACACACCCUAGAUGAAUCAGGUUGAUUUCUUCUAGAAGCUGGGAAGCACUGAUGUGGCCUUUCUUGUUUACAUCCAGUAGCCAAGACGUCGUUCUCAGGAAGCCAGCCUUGGCCAGUGUGGGAGCGGUCCCUUGUAGACAGAUUGGAAGCUGAUGUGUUCUAGUUGUCACUGAAUGUGUUUAUUUUCAUGUCAAACACUUUCCAAGUGCUUUCUGUCAUUCAGAAUCGAAAGGCUGUCAGAGGUCCGCUUUUUGUAAACGCGAACAAUUUUGCUCACAUUUACAAGAGGCAUGGGGGUUGUGACAUUCUUGACGAGCUGGGAUAAACCUUCCUGCACUCAGCUUUUGGAGGGAUAACCCUGGCAGGUACCCAGCACAUCCUAACCUCCCUUGGAGAUGGUCCCUGAGCAAGUCAUCCUGAAAAGGAGAUGGGGUGCUGGCAACACUGACCAUUUUGCCUUGAUGCACCUGUUAGCGGACCAAACACCUGCGAGCUUCCUGGCUCAGGGGGUUGGGUGCACUGGAUAUGAAGCCGUUCCCUGUAGAGAGGUGUUUUCAGCAUGGCGGCUGUGUAAGCAGACAGAGGCUGGGGUUGAGACAAACUUAGCCUCCAGAGCAUCUUGUCGAAGAAACUUCCUUACCCCCAUUGCCUCUACAGCCCUCAGAGGGGAGAAAAUGUUGACAGUGCUGUUAGAUCUCCAACAAACAGAAUUCUCUGCAACAGGUGGUGCUGGAAGGCUUAGGUUUUUUAGAAAUCUCGACUGUUAAAGAAGUUUGAAUACAUCACAUUCCUAUGCAAAACGUUUUUAAUCUCCAGUUUAAUGUAGUUUAUUUUUGCUAUAUGUAAAGUAUUUUUAUACGGCUUGUAUCAUGAUAGUUUAGCAAUAAAAUGGUUGAAA